UUGGCGCCAAACUUCCCAUGGCUGGACGCGCUACUACAAAGUAGCGCCAUCUCAGCCUGGAGAAAAAGAAUCGAGGACCGUGUCGCAAAGGCAAGGGCCCUUAUCGGCAGACUAACAAGCUUCAGGUCGGGUAAUAAUAGACCGAGGAUUGUGCGCACCGUUAGGAUGGCGUUUGCUGGGACAAAUAUCAGUUUGUCCCAGCCGGAUAUCACGCAGAAACUAACGGAGCGCAUAGACAACCUGAAGCAAAAGACCGCUGCUUGGGGGAAGCGGAUUCGACGAUUUACCGAGAGGUCAAGGCGGUUCAACCAGAAUCGUCUCUUCCAGAGUGAUCAGAAGAGGCUCUAUAAAUCAUUGGAGCGACCAAAGGUAUGUGGAGGACCGGAUCAGGCUGACAUUAUCGCAUUCUGGCGUGGCCUGUGGUCAGAGCCCGUAAACCACAGCGAGCGCCCUUGGAUGGAAGUUGUGGCGAGCCAGGGUGCGAGUGUUAUGCCUAUGGAACCCAUCACCAUAACACCGGAAGACGUGGCUGAGGCGGUCCGUAGGGCCCCGAACUGGAAAAGUCCGGGGCUCGAUGGGCUGCAUCAUUACUGGGUGAAGGGGUUCAUGAGUACCUUUGGAGUUGAUUGGAGUUGUUUUAGCACAAGAAAUAUAAUUAUACCGAGUUUAGUUUUGUUUUUACAUGAAAUCAAGAUGCCCAACAAUGAAGUGUCUGCAUUGAAUACAAUGAAAUGCCAAACAGCAGACGCUGAAAAGCUUUGCAUUUAUGAUAUUGGCUUAAAACUAAAAUCCCCAGGAUAUGCGCGCCAUCUUGCUGAACUAUUACAACGCAUAAAUCAGUCUUCUUAA